CAGGCACAGAGACUUAAGAGGCCCAGGAAACAAAGGCCACCAGAGGAGAUAAGGCCCCUCUCUCUCUCUCUCUCUCUCUCUCUCUCUCUCCACCAUGCUCUCCCUCAGCUCCCCACAGACUUUGUCUCUCCUCACCGCAAAAACAGCCUCCCAUGCUCUGCUUCAGCCUUCCUCCCUCGGCCGCUACCAUCAUCUGCGCACUAGGAAACGCACCAGCAUCCGCCCCUUAGCUACCUCUGCUUCUUCUCCUCCUCCUCCUUUCUCUUCUCCCCCGCCAGAGCAGCUGUACCAGCCAUUCCACCCUCCCCCUACGCCGGUUCCCUCACAAUUCUCCUCCGUCGAGUCCACCGACGAGCUCCUUAGCACUCUUCGUGACCGUCUCGGCCUCUGGUUCGAGUACGCCCCUCUGAUAUCCACCCUAGCCCGCGACGGCCUCUCCCCUCCCUCCAUCGAAGAGGCCACCGGCAUCUCCGGCGUCGAGCAGAACCGACUCGUGGUCGCGGCCCAGGUCCGCCUCUCCCUCGUCUCAUCGGGCCUGCCCACCGAGCUCGUUGCUUUCUUUGACUCCUCCAUUGGCGGUCCUGACAUCCUCUACGAGCUUCGCCUCCUCUCAAACCGCCAGAGGGUCGAUGCUGCCCGCUUUGUCAUUGACGGCAACCUCGACGCCAAAGCCGCCAGGGAGCUUGCUCGGGCCAUUAAGGACUUCCCUCGCCGCCGGUCGGACCGCGGAUGGGACGCCUUCUCGCCGUCUUCUCCCGGCGAUUGCCUCGCCUUCAUGUACCUCCGGCAAAGCCGGGAGAACCGGGGUAGCGCCGCCGAGAGGGCGGUGGAACUCGCUGCAGAAGCCGCCGAGACAGCCAAGGCGAAGCAUAGGAUCAUGGAGGAGAUGAAGGGCGGCGGCGAUGGCGAAGCAGAGGAGGAGGAUAAGCAGGUUCGGGUGCCAGUAGUGAGAAUGAGGCCAGGUGAAGCUGCAGAAGCGACGAUGGUGGCGGUGCUUCCGGUCUGCAGGGCUGCAGUGGAGGAGGUGGAGGCGGUGCCAGAGUGCGGAUCGGACGAGACCUUCGGCAUCGUGACGGCGACGGCUGGGUGGCGGAGAUGGGUAGUGCUGCCCGGGUGGGAGCCGGUGGCUGCGGCAGUGGGGGACGGUGGGUUGGUGGUGGUGGAGUUCAAGGAUGGGAAAGUGCUGCCGUGGAAGGCAAAGAAGACGAUCAAAGAAGAAGGCGUCUUGGUGGUGGUGGAUAGGAGGAAGAAAGGGGUGGAGGAGGGCUCUAAUCUGUACCUAGUGGCUGGAGAAGGUAGCGGAUUGGUGGUGGAGAGAGGUUCUGGGUUGGCGGAGAAGGGUGUUGUGAGUUCGCUGGGCAGUGUACUGUUGGUUGUGAGGCCACCCAAAUUGGAUACUGAAGACUUGUAUCUGGAGGACGAUGAGGAUUGAGGUUUUUAUUUAUUUAUUUAUUUUUCAUCUUGUUCAGUUUUGGUAGGACUGAUUUCCGUGCGGCGUGCGCACGUUGUGGAUUUCAGUAAGGCCUCAUCAGUCAUCCCCGCAUAUUCUUUAACGGGUAGUUCUCCUUCAAGAAAUCAAUCUGUAGACUCUGUGGUCGCAUCAAUAACAGCUGUUAAAUAAAAUGUUGAUCGGUGGGAGAUUGCA